AGUGGGUAAAGAUCGUUAAUGAAACAAAGAACUGUGUCUGAUGUCUGUUAAUUAAGGAGGCUAACUAAAGAGGUUGUGCAGGCAAUGGAGACUCAAGGUGUUCAGCUUCUGUUUCUGUUACUGUUGUGUGCUGUAUCCACCUGCUGGGGACAGCAAGAUCUAGUCUACCUGACUCUGGGAUCUGGCCCUGUCAUCACUACUAAUAAUGUGGAGAUCCAGAUCACUACCAUUGGAGAGGAUGGUGGUCUCCCUUCUCUCACCUGUCACACUGACCUCACUACCUGCUGUAGAAGUGCUGACAACAAUGGUAAUGGAGCACUAGGACAGUGGACGUAUCCUAAUGGGAGUAUGGUACUGCAAUAUGGUGGCUCAUUGAAUGCUGGACAGCAGUUCUACAUUCUAAGGGGUGGACCUCAGCUCAUCAGACUGGCUCGUAGAGAGGCUACCAACUCCCUCACUCCAACCGGGUCCUACUGUUGUACUGUACCAACUACUGGAGGAGAUAUUACCCUCUGUGCUAACCUGGUUGCACCUACUUCAGUCACAUGUUCUGAUAAUCUCCUGGCCCCCACUAAUGGAGGCAUAACCUAUGCUGGUGGGUCCACUGACAACAGACCAGUGGGUGCUACAGCCACUUACAGCUGCAUCACUGGCUACACUCUCAAUGGAGGCACCACCAGGACUUGUGGGAGUGAUGGAGAGUGGAGUGGGUCAACUCCAACUUGUCAAGGACCCACUGAACCACCCACCAUCUGUCCUGACCUCACUGUACCAGCCAAUGGAAUGAUCGGCUACAAUAUGGGGACUGGUAGUCCGAGACCAGUCGACACUGUGGCCACCUACACCUGUAACCCUGGCUACACUCUCAGUGGAGACAGCACCAGGACUUGUGGGAGUGGUGGAGUGUGGAGUGGGUUUGCUCCAACUUGUCAGCCUAAUUGCCCUGACUUACCCUCACUGACCAAUGGGAUGAUUAUGUACAGUGCUGGAUCCACUGACAACAGACCUUUCCUCUCUAGUGCUGUGCACUCCUGCAACACUGGCUACACUAUCACUGGAGGUACUCUCAAUGGAGGUACCACCAGGGUCUGUGUGACUGGAGGGAACUGGGAUGGAUCACCUCCAACUUGUCAAGUGAACACAGGACCCACUGAUCCUCCACCCACCACAUGCUCUGACCUGAUUGCUCCGACCAAUGGAAUGAUUGGCUACAAUAAUAUGGGGACUGCCAGUCAGAGACCAGUGAAUACUAUGGCCACCUACACCUGUAACCCUGGCUACACUCUCAAUGGAGGCAGCACCAGGACUUGUGGGAGUGAUGGAUUGUGGAGUGGGUCAGCUCCAACUUGUCAACAGAAACUAAUCUGUUCUGACUUACCCUCUCUGCCUAAUGGAGCCAUUUCUUAUAAUGGUGGAUCCACUGACAUCAGACCUCUCAACACCAUAGCAACACACAGGUGCAACACUGGCUAUACUCUCAAUGGAGACAGUGUCAGAGUUUGUCAGAAUGACAGAACAUGGAAUGGCUCACCUCCAACUUGUCAAGUUUCCUGUGGCCCUCCUCCCUCUAUUACCAACGGAUCUCCCGGACAACCAACCAGCACAAUGAUCGGAGGAGAAGUGACCUACACCUGUGACACUGGAUUCAUUCUGAUUGGCUCUGAAACCAUCAUAUGUUUGAAUACUGGUAACUGGAGCAGCUCACCAUCCUGUCAGAUCCCUCCCCCUGUGUACUUGUCCCUCUCCUCCACCAACUACUUGUCUGGGCUCUCUGAGAUCCCCCUUUCCUCCGUGGGAGAGGGGAGUGACCUCGUCUGUCAUACUGACCUUGUUGGCUGCUGUGAGGGGAACACUGGAGAUUGGUACUAUCCUAAUGGCUCUGUUGUUAUGGAGGAUGGAGUGUUGUAUGUUAGCAGAGGUCAGAUGAGUAUCAGUCUGAUGAUGAGUGGAACUGCUGCUGCUCUCGGUGGCCUCUACUGCUGUAUGGUGCCUACCAGUGGAGGGACGAGCACAGCGUGCAUUGUGUUAGCCUCUACUGAUGAGAGCUCUCCCUGUCCCCAGAGUGACAACACUGGUGCUGUGGUGGGAGGAGUGGUGGCCCUGGUAGCAGUGGUAGUGGUGAUUGCAGUGACAGUAGUGAUGGUGACCUACCUAGUGCUCUGGUACAAGAGAGGAGGAAAAAUGACUGUUCCUCGAGAUAUCCCCCUUACUGACCAGGGUCAGAGUGCAGCCGCUACCUACGAGACCGUCCCUGCCACUUAUGAGGAAAUCCCAGCCUCCAGAGAGGUCAAAGGUGACUACAGCUACACACAGAACAAUGCCUACUCGACUGUGAGUGGGCGUGAGGCUCCUGCUGGAGGAAUAUACAAUAAAACUGAACUAUCACAUGACUCAAGUAGAAAGUAAUUACGCCAUUGAAUUUUAUUUGUUAGUUUGUACAGAGCACACAGUUAUACAUACUUCAUCAGCUCCUCUCCUUCUCUUUUCAUCUCAAAAAUUUGAUGGUUUUCCAUAAUGUGGUACAAAACACCAUGUGUGUAGUUUAAUGUUCAUGAAAAUGCUCUUCACUGUAUCAGCCGAUUUACGUGUGAUGCUUUAAUUGUCACAAA